CUACACCGUUUCUCCUCAUGUUUCCUUGGGAUGCCUUCUCCGGGCUCUUUACCUAGGAUCGGUACUCAACCUCCUUUCCCCAAUCCUGUGUUUGUAUAAUGUCGCUGCUGAAGCCGUGCUUUGAUAUUACGGGUUUACUAUUGUUCACCUGACCUUGUGUAGCAAGGAUGUUCUAUUGUGCUUCUAGCAUGAGAAGCUGUGCUGACAGUUGAUAGUGCGAUGGGAAAAUCCCGAUCAGCCACUGUUUGUAUCGCGUAUAUGCUCAGCCGUCAGCCUAGUGCACUGACACCAGAGUCCGCCCUUGACAUCAUCAGACAGAACCGACCGCUAUGUGAGCCGAAUCCUGGGUUCAUGGAGCAACUCUCAGUCUACCAUCAGAUGGGAUGUCCAGAUGAUGUCACUAGCCACCCACUUUACAGCCGGUGGCUUUACCGCCGCGAGGUGGAAGAGAGUGUAGCAUGUGGUCGAGCACCUGAGUUGAAGUCCGUGCUGUUUGAGGAUGAGCAGCCGCGCCAAUCACAGGAGCCCGCGGGUCGUAUGACAGAGAUCAAAUGUCGCAAAUGCCGGCGCAAAUUGGCGACCACGCAAUUCAUCAUCCCCCAUACCUCCCAAAAGAACGCCAGAGCAUCCACGGCUGAUUGCGCUCAUGUAUUUUUACACCCACUGACUUGGAUGCGCCCGUCACUCUUUCCUGGUACUGAUUCAGAAUCUUCCGGCUCACCUUAUGGAGCGCCGCCAGAAGAUGCCCCGUUGUCUGGCCGUCUGACCUGUCCCAACUCGUCCUGCGGAGCUAAUAUUGGCAAAUUUGCCUGGCAAGGCAUGCAAUGUAGCUGCGGCGAGUGGGUUGUCCCUGCGAUUGGCCUUGCAAAGGCCAGGGUGGACAUUUCCGAGAGGGUCAACAUCAUCCGCGGACCAGGCAACUUGCCAGCCGCGAUGGGCAUUCGUCUGCCGCCUGGAAUGCGGUCUAACCCCGCGGAUGAGAGCAACGGACGCGGAAACCUAUAAACUUUGGUAGCGCUACCUAACGUUGACUCCGCCAGGGGUAGAUCACGGCGCAGCAAGGCUCCGUCGGAAGUCUAAGCAUGCUCGCUCGUUGAUAGGCUCCCCUUAGCCAUGCCUUUAAAUGACGAACCAGCGGGUCAUAAA